AUGUUUUAAUAGAACAAUGGCGAAGAUUAAUAAGAACCCAAUCCAUAACAAUAAUAAAACAAUAAUUAAGAAGGAUAAGAGUUAUAAAACAACAAUCAGGAUAUAUAACCCAACUAAGACCAACUUGAGAUUUAUCUUUUGCGAUAUAUUAAUAAUAAAGAGUAAUUAAGUUAAUAAAGAGCUCAAUUAGAUAUAGUAAUUCAAGAGAUAAAUGGCACCCCAAAUGAUAGAUUUAUUUAUAGAUAAUUUUUAGAAAAAAUUUGUAAUAAAUUCUAAUCACUCUCUAUAAAAGAAUAUGAUGAUAUUUCCAAUUUUGAACAAUUGCAUCAAAUGAUUAAGGAUUAAUAUAAAAAAAGAAGAUAGGAAUGGGAAUCUAAAUUGUCUCAAAACCAGAAUCUUAUUAAUGAUUGGAAUGACAAAGUUAAGAUGGCACAAUAUUAUUAAAUAAUGAAAAUUCUCAAAAGCCCGAAUAGAAGCUUGUACCUAACAAAAGACAUAACCAAAGAAGUUUACUUUGAUGAAAUUAAAUAAGAACUAACUCCUCAAGAAAAAGAGUAGUUGAACUAGACAAAUGGCAUACCAGAAUCUUUAAAAGAAUUUGGUAUUUUCGAUAAUUACAAAGUGUAGUCUUUAGAGGUAUUCUAAAACCAUUUAAAUCUGAUGAAAAAGGAGGCAUCUCAAAGUGAUGAUCCUGAAAAUUUUAUUACGUUAAUGCAAUAGAAUAUGUGCUUUGAGAUUUACAAAAUAUUAGCAUUCCCUUAUUUGUACUUUAAUUAAUGUAAAAAAAUUGAUGUUGAAGCUUAAAGUGUGCACUUUUAGCUCCCAAACAAUAUGUCUAUUGAGGUUAGAUCUAAUUAUAUAGAAUAAAGCCCUCUUUUGAAUGAAAAUUCAAUAAUGAAUAGUAUUCCGCCCUAUUUACUUUAAACCAAUAUACUCCCCUUUCUAAGUAUUAUCGAAGUAUUCAAAUUGAGAAUAGUUUCUAGAUAUUUUAAAACAAUAGUUGAAAAAUACUGGCAUAUUCCAGCAAAGAAACAGAUUAUCGAUUUAGAGAUAGCAGGAGAGUUGGCUUAUAAUAGUGCAUUUUUAAGUAAUUUCAAGAUUGCAGCAGUAACACUUAAAUAAAAAUUGCGAAAUUGUGUUGAUAUGAUAAUGAAUUUUAUCAAUUGGCAAGAGUUGCAUGAACUAAUAGAAAUAGAUUAACUUUAAAUUGAAGUUUAUAGACCUCUAAUUAUGAUGCUUCGAUUAUUCAACAAACAGCAAUAGAUCUCUCUACCAUAUGAGAUUGAUUGUUAAUUUUCUAUUAAAGAAUUAGCAAAGGAUAUUAAAUAACAGAUUCUUGAUUACCUAAAUUUAGAAUUUUUGCCUUUAAGUUUUAACUAAAUGAAACAACUUUAGUCCUCUGCCUUGUCAGCACCUGAAUUCAACAUCACAGGGUUAAUUCAUCCUUAACUUCAUUUGAGUUAAUUACUUACAUUUCUACUUUAAGGUCUAUAUUUUCAUGGUUGGAUGCUUUAAAUAAUAACAAUCCAUAAGGAAUUAUUAAAAUAGAGAUAAAAGGAACUAUAAAAUAUGGAUGAAUAACAAAUUUAAAAUAGGGAUUUUGUGAGAUAAGCUCGCAAAUUCAUCUAUAAAAUGGUUGAUUUCGAAUAAAGCCAAGACACUGAGGAACAACAAACAAUCAUGACUCAAAUAUAUUAUUAGAUGAAUAGUAGUUUAAAAGGAUUCACUUUUUCUGUUAAUGAUGUCACUUAAUCUCGGCCUUGUGCUGCAAUACCUUAUAAAAAUGAUGUUAUAACAAUCCAUUAAGAUAUCUAUUGUUAGAUUGAAUUAUUAACAUAUAUUUAUGCUCGUUAAUAUAUAUAAGAAAUGCAAAACAACAAAUAGAACAGUAAAGUUAAGUAGGAAAUUGAUUCGAAGUAGGAAGAGCAUGAAUAAUAAAGUGAAAAGAUAGAUUCACAGCCAGACUUAUCUCAUUAACAAAAUGAACCUAAUUGA